AUGACGUCCAUCCUCUCUGCUCUUCUCUGCCUUGGGCUGAGUCUGGACCAGAGGACCCGUGUGCAGGCAGGGACCCUCCCGAAACCGACCAUCUGGGCUGAGCCAGGCCCUGUGAUCAAAUCAGGGAGCCCUGUGACCAUCUGGUGCCGGGGAACCCUGGAGGCCCAGGAGUACCGGCUGUAUGCAGGUGGCAGGUACUUGGACAGACAGAAGUCCCUGGAGCCUAGAGACAGGGCCAAGUUCCUCAUUACAGGAAAGUAUGCAGACAGAUAUACCUGUAACUACCUCAGCCCCACUGGCUGGUCAGAGCCCAGUGACCCCCUGGAGCUGGUGGUGACAGGAGCCCACAGCAAACCCAGCCUCUCAGCCCUGCCCAGCAAUGUCGUGACCUCAGGAGGGAAUAGGACCCUCCAGUGUGGCUCAGUGGAUAAAUUUGACAGGUUCCUUCUGACUAAGGAAGAAGAUCACAGGCUCUCCUGGGCCGUGGACUCACAGCGACAGCCCAGUGGGCGGUCCCAGGCCCAGUUCCAUGUGGGCCCUGUAGCACCCAGCCACAGGUGGACGUUCAGAUGCUAUGGCUAUUUUGAGAAGCAACCCCAGGAGUGGUCUGACCCUAGUGACCCCCUGGAUCUAACGGUCUCAGGACCCUCUGGAGGCCCCAGCCCUCCACCCACAGGGCCCACCUCCACAGCUGUCAUCCCCAAACUCUCCAUCUGGGCUGACCCAGGCCCCAUUGUCACCAAGGGGAGCCCCGUGACCAUCUGGUGUCAGGGGUCUCUGCAGGCUAGUGUCUACGUUCUGUAUGAAGAGAGGGGCUCUGACCCCUUGGAUAUGAGGAUCCCACAGGACUCCAACAAUAAGGGCCAGCAUGCUAGUGACCACCACCUGUGUGUCUGUCUGUCCAUCCUGCUGGCCCCACAGUCUCCUCCAUCUCCUCAGCUGAGGCCACAGGGAGAAGACGCCCUGACCCCCAACCUCAAGGCUCUGCUCUGCCUCAGGCUGAGUGUGGGCCUUAGGAUCCCAGUACAGGCAGGGACCCUCCCCAAGCCCAUCAUCUGGGCUGAGCCAGGCCCUGUGAUCCUCAGGGGGAGCCCCAUGACCAUAUGCUGUCAGGGAACACGAAAGGCUAAGGAGUACCUAAUUUAUAAAGAGGGAAGCCCAGCACCAUGGAAAAGAGAGAAGCCACUGGAGCCUGGGGACAAGGCCAAGUUCUCCAUCCCACACAUGACAGAGCGUGAUGCAGGGAUAUAUCACUGUUACUAUCUCAGCCCCACUGGCUGGUCAGAGCGCAGUGACUUCCUGGAGGUGGUGGUGACAGGAUCCUACAGCAAACCCAGCCUCUCAGCCCUGCCCAGCCCUGUCGUGACUUCAGGAGGGAACAUGACCCUCCAGUGUGGCUCAUGGCAGGGAUUUGACAGGUUCAUUCUGACUAAGGAAGGAGAUCACAGGCUCUCCUGGACCCUGGACUCAGAGCCACAGCCCAGUGGGCAGUUCCAGGCCCUGUUCCCUGUGGGCCCUGUGACCCCCAGCCACAGGUGGACGUUCAGAUGCUAUGGCUGCUACAGGAACAGCUCCCAGGUGUGCUCACACCCCAGCGAUGCCCUAGAGCUCCUGGUCUCAGGAAUGUACAGGAAACCCUCCCUCUCAGCCCAGCCGGGACCCUCAGUGGCCUGGGGAGCGACCGUGACCCUUCAGUGUGGCUCUGAGAUCUGGUUUGACACCUUCCACCUGCACAGGGAGGGGUCACUGGACCCUCCCCAGCACUUUCAUCUGCAGGACACAUCUGCACCCUCUCAGGCCAACUUCACCCUCAAUUCUGUGACCUCAGGCCACCAGGGGACCUACAGGUGCUAUGGCUCACACAGCACCUCCCCCUACCUGCUGUCACAGCCCAGUGACCCCCUGGAGCUGCUGGUCUCAGACUACACAGUGGAGAAUCUUAUCCGGAUUGUUGUGGCUGGCUUGGUCCUGGUGGUCCUUGGGGUGCUGCUAUUUGAGGCUCGAAGUGACACCCGAAGGGUCCUCGAUGCAGCCAGCAUGUGA